AGAAGAUAAGUUUAAAAAUCGUUUUAGGAAACACAGGAACAAGUCUCAGAAGUGUGCACAGUGGCCAGCAAAGCAGUUCAGAGAGUAAAGAUGCUAGCCCCCAAACCUGAUGAGCUGGUUCAACCCCCGAAGCCAUACCCCAUAUGAUCUCCGAAAAGUGUGUUAUUGUGUGUAUAAACACACACAAUAAAUAAAUAAAUAUUUGUUAAGUAUACCAAAGGGUGAACACAAAGAAAUAAAAUACAUUCAAUGAAACCCAAAGUAAGCAUUUCUCUGAGUGAGAAGUUAGGGAAACACUACAAGAUUAAACUGCUACAGGGGUUGGGGAUUUAGCUCAGUGGUAGAGCGCUUGCCUAGCAAGCACAAAGCCCUGGGUUCAGUCCCCGGCUGGGGGGUGGGGGGGAGGAGAGAAAAAAAGAAAGAUUAAAGUGCUACAUAAAGGUUACUGUUAAUGUUAGUGCUUUGGGGUUGUGGGAAAGAGCCUACCUGCUUAUCUGUAACCUUUUGCAACAGUUUCCUUUAGUAGGCCAGACUGGCCUCCAAUUCAAGAUCCUCUUCCCUCAGCCUUCUAAUCACUGGACUUACAGACAGGUAGACAGCAUGCUUUUGUUCAAGUAAAAUGUAUAUUUAAAUAAAAGCUACAUUUAAAAACUGUAUAAAUAAAACUAUAUGUGUGUGAGAAAGAGAGCCAAUGUUAAGAGUAAUGCACCAAAAAAUUGCAAAUCCACUAAAGAAAGAAAAUAAAAAUUUUAAUUUAAAAAUAAAAGUCAGGAAGCAUAGAUUUAUUUUUAAUAUGGUCUUUCUUGCCUUUAAAUAAUAACAUAUUUUCUUGAUUAUUUUGCUAUCUUAUAUGUUUUAAUCAUCUAUAUUCUUUUCCCCAAAUGAGCAUUAAAAAGGAUUUCCCUAAUGUUUAUUAUUGAGUAACCUACAAGGUAACUCAAAAUCAUUUGAUAAUCUUUCCCAAUGUGUUUAAUUCUUCAUUCAGUAAGAAUUUAAAAACCACUGCAGGCCAGCUAUACACCAGAUAAUUGUACUAUAAAGAAAAAACAACAGCUGCAUACAGCUGGAACUUGGGAGGCUGGGGAAGAGGACUGUUUGAGGCUAGCCUGGGACCUUAUUCCCUAAAACAUGUAAAGAAAAAAAGAAUAAAUGGCAAAUGCAAUGAGUUCAUGAGCUGGCGCUCCUCUAGCAGAUAAACUGACAGACAGGGGUAAAUGUGAAAUGGUCUCAUGAAGGGCAGGGAAAGCUCCCCAGACAGAUCAUGGAGGAAGCACUCUGAUUCUGAUGGGCAGUCCUACAAAACGUACCCUGGCUUAAAAUAGAACAGUAACCUGUCCACGAGGCUACAGAGAACUGCACAGACUCAGAGCACAGGACACAGCAAUGUGAUAACAGGCAAGACAAAGCGGAUAAGGCCGAAAGACCAAGCUAAAAUGUUUAAUUUCAACCUUCUAAAAAAAAACUCAAAAGGGCUGUCCCAGCCACAGAAGCACCCAUCACACGAAUUAUAGAGUUUUAUGUCCCACAGAUCCUUUUGAUAAAGUGCUGAAUCCCAAUGCUUUGUCCUCAGAUUGAUUUUACAUGCAUCAAACAAAAUAUGCAGAAUCUAAAUAAUUCUAUAGAUAGUCCACACUUCAGAAGUGCAACAUAGUAUAUAGUUAGUGUAGGAUGGAUUCCUUUGGAUAGGAUUUGGGGCACACAUGAAAAAGGCACCAGCAGGAAAGCCACUUUACCUUCCUCUUGCCUCAACCCUGAAGCAAAACAUGCAACCUAGGAAAGUCACCCGACAGUUUCCCACCCUUACCCCACUCAAACAAACCAUGUGAACCUCACUGGAGAGGUGUCCUCCCUGUGCUCAAAGGAGAGAGACCAAUAUACGCUCAUGGAUGCCUUGAACUACUGUAUUUAUCGCUACUUUAAGAUAAAUAGAUCUGCCUACAGAAAUUACAAAAUGUGCCUGGCAUGGCAGUGCAGACCAGUAGGAUCAAGAGACCCAAGGGAGAAUGUAAACAUUCGCCCUGCUAAGUUCCUUCACCUGGAUUAUUACAAGAUCACACUUCUCCAUUACUACCUACUAUUUCUAUUGAGCCUAGCAUUAAAAAAACAAACAAAAACCACAACCUGCCUUUGUCUUAACAGCCUCACUCAAGAACCUAGGGCUGAGAGAGAAAAGAAGCCUGUACUCUUAUACUUCCAAAAGACAGUUCCGUAAGAGGAAAGAAUAACUUCACUGGGAAGAAACCUGAAAGGCACAUGCUCUGCCAGAUGAUCAAGGUCAACAGCAGUCACCAUUUAUCAGCUUGACAGGCCCUUGACAGGGAACACAAUGAAGCCCUCUUACCCCUGUGACCUUCAUACCACAAACAUUAAAACCAGCCUAACCGUGAGAGAAACAUCAGACAAUCACAACUUACAGAGAUGCUGCAAAUAUCUUCUUACUCUUCAAAGCUACAAGGACCAUUUAAACAGGAAGUCUGGGGACGUUAGAACCAAGUAUGCAGGAAAGAGACAUGAUUACUAAAUGUAACUUUUUUAAAAGAGAGAAAGAGACAAUAAGGAAAAAAUGAGAAAUCCCAAUUAAGUAAUGAUUUACUAAAAGUACCUGGUGGCAUCUGCACAACUGUUGGGACAGACAGACAGACAGACUAAUGGAGACAGACAGACUAAUGGAGAAUGCUACCACAGGAAACUGGAUGGAGAGGACACAGAAACACUGCAUUCCCUCUGUCAUAACUCUGUAAAGUGAAACUGUUCAUUUAAAAGGUAAAAUGAGCAGGGUUGGGAAAGAAUCAAGUUAUAAUCAAGUUACUAUUCUUUAAAAGUAAUACUUUGUUGGUACAUUACAUAAGUUUCUUUAAUUAUAUCUUUGGAUUUUUGUGACAGAGUUUUACUUAGCCCAGGCUGGCCUAGGGCUUGCUGUGUAGCUAAGGAUGACCCUGAAACUCAUUCUCCUUCUGCUGCUACCUCCAAAGACAGGAAAACAGGUAUGCACACCUCGACUGAUACAUUAAGUAGUAUCAGCAGGUCUAAUUAAGGCAAUUUCAAAACAGUGGUAAAUACAGUAUUUCAAAAAGUCUCAAGUUGCCAUGAUAGAUUUCCUUUGGUAUCUUUGGGGGUUAGCUACAGGUCCUAAUUUGAAUACCAAAAUCUGUAAAUGUUAAGUCCCUUAUAAAAACAGCGGGCACACUAUUUGCAGAAAACAUAUACAUAUCCUCCUAUAUCCUGUAAAUUGCUUCUAUGUGACUUAUAUUGAAUGUAAUAGAAAUUGUAUGUAAGUAGUUAUUAAUUUAUUAUUUAUGGAAUAAUAAAAGAGUGGGCCUAUAUAUAUUCAGAAUGCAACUUGUCUAAAUUAGUUUCUCUUUUCUGUUGGUUGGAUCCAUGGGUGAAGAAUCCACAGAUUCUGACACUAAACCUAUAGAAUGACCUGCACUUUCCACAGCAGGAGCCAAAUGGACUGCUAGCAUUUUAGUAGCUUAUGGUCUACGUCCAAAAUGAAUACACAGGCUCCCCUCACUUCGGCUCCUCCUACCCUUGGGAGUUUUCUCACUAUAUAAAUCUGCCUGCUCUGCAGGAAACAGAACCGAAUAAGCAAACAUUUCACUUGUUGGACUGUGUGUUCAAGGAUCUGAGCUGCGGCUAUCCAUGGCCAUGUCACCAGUUUGCUUUCUGAAGGCAAAGGACACAGAGCAGUAUGUGAAGGGGAUAGUGUGUCACCAUCUGAUCAUCACUGUGUACACUUCCUGUUGCUAACCCUCAGCCACAAUGCCAUUCCACACAUUUCUUCACAUCAUGUGCCCAAAGCCGCCUCCAGUGAUGAGUGAUUCCAAAUGAAGACUGACAAACAGUUGUGCAAGUUUUCCAGGACUCGAGUGGAGCAGUUUUCCAGCAGCACUCAGUAACUGACCAACGUUUCUACUACACAGAUUGUUUACAGAAUCUUGGUAAGACAGAACCAAUUCCUAAAACACCACAGGAAUCAUGACCAGAACAGCUAAUCCCGAAAAGGACGACCCCAAAGAGUCCUGAUCCUCAUGCGCAUCUACAGAGUGUGACCUAGAUUCCAGUUUUCACCUGUCGGAACCCUCCAAGGGUGCAUGUCUGUGCCAUGUGUGUUUUUAAACCAGCUUGCAAACAUGUAAAUAAGAUGUUAGUCUGCAGCAACUCCUUAUCUUUUCCAACCAAGCUUCAAUUCAGCUUUUCCUCAGCUUCAUUCUCAAAUAAAUGUAUGUGUUUGUCAGACAAAGCAGACUUCGGAAAAGUACUUACGGUCCUGAAUGAUUAACUUAUAACGGUCUUCAAAACUCGAUUGUGGAUAUACGCAGUUGUACGAGAGCAAAGCCCAAUGAUGGCUCUGCCCUCAGAUGUGCUAAGUGCCCCAGAGUUAUAACUUAACCUCGGCUCCAGCCCAGACCUCCUCUGCUCCUCCCCACCUGUUCCCUCUGAUGAGGAGCUGUAAGGCCCUGCACAUCCCAAGGUUUCACAUGACGAGCAGCUAUUGCUAUUGGCAACUGAUGGGAUGCUUUUUAAUCACAUAAAGGCAGAAAGGAAACUGUUGUAAGGCACAGAGGGAAGAACCAAGCACUGAUGCUCUGGUCCUCCACACAGUGAGAGGGAAUUCUUGCAAUAACAGUCGGCACUUUACUUUUACAUGGUAAAUAUGUCCGUCCCUAAAUAAUAUUUAUAGACGAUCUUUGAUAAAAUAUUUUUCAGUUGCUUUUAGCUAACCUUUUAAGCAACAAGAGAUUUGCUCGAGAAGAGGGUUUUAUCUUGCUUUGCAAGAAGGCAAGAUCAUAUCCAUUUAAGGACACAGGAGCAGCUGCAGCCACACAUUUUUCUUACCCACAGGAAAGAGAGGGAGGCUGAGUUUACUCUGCUAUAAGCACUUUAAGAAUUACACAUAGGUUCUCUAAAACUAAACAGUGAAAUUGAAAAAGUAGGAUCCACACAUGUGCUGAUUUACAUACAUGUAAUAUAAAAUCGGUGGAGCGUGAGAGGAGACAGCAGGACAUGGUCGGCUCUGCAGCACGACCCAGUUCUCAAAGCCACUCUAGACCCACAAGUGCCAUCUGACUUUCUAAAAAAAAUUUUCUUACACUUCAGACAAAAACUUACUUACAUUAGGUCAAAAACUUUCAGAAAUACUCAACACUUAAAUCUGAACACUUGGAAACCUGGUCAACACAUCACUGCCAUACAACUGACAGGAACCUGCAGCUAUUUCUUUCUAGAAAAGGUGCUCUUGACACUGUAUCAGCUUACUAAGAGUCUGUUUGCGUUCUGUGGUAACACAAUGUAGCUAUAAAAAAAAAUCCUUAAAUGUAUAAGUUGCAUCUUACUGCAGAUAACACAUGCCUAAUGAAAUAUAGAAUCAUUCAUAAGAACAUUGGUUAAAAUCUUAACUGCAGAGAAUGUAAGUUAAAUGUAUUUGCUCCUUCUCUAUAAAUUUUUUCUUUUCAAAACUCAAAUUAUUAUGCUAGUUUCCUCAUACACAUUCUCUCACCUAUCCUAGACAGCAGUACCUAGAGAGAUACAAAGCACAAAUAUAAAUAGGACAGGGAAAGGCCUCGACUAGCACCCAAGAACACUCGCUGCUCUGACAGCAAGGCUCUGAGGGCAGCUCCACUACCCUGCCUUGUGGCGCCUGCAGCCUCCCUCCUGCGUUCCUUCACAGGAUUUCAGCUCUUGCACUCAGCAGCAGGUGUGAGCCUCCCCAAGUCUGAAGGUGUGUGUAGCCACUGUAAAGCUGCGUUUCAGACGUACUUUAUUCUCAGGGACCUGUCAUUCACAGCUCUACAUUAAAACUAGAGGUGAAGCACAACAUGUUACCGACAUGUCCAAACCUAAGGGCCUCCUAAAAGGAGACAGCUCGCGUUUGGCUGCCUGCUGUCAACUUUUUAUCUUUCUCUUGACUACUUAAAAAAGACUUGUCUUCCUACUUUUGUCUUCCUGGCAUCAUGGAAAAAGUCCAAUACCUUACUCGCUCGGCUAUCAGGAGAGCCUCGACUAUUGAAAUGCCCCAGCAAGCGCGUCAGAACCUCCAGAACCUCUUUAUCAAUUUCUGUCUCAUCUUGAUAUGUCUGCUGCUGAUCUGCAUCAUUGUGAUGCUUCUGUGACAAGCUGUCGCCACCGCAGACCUGCACCAUGCCAACGCAGCUUACAACCUGGCCCUCCACCACGAGGGAGGCAGUGCCGCCGCCUUCCUGCUGGACAUCGUCGUGAAGGUCACGAUUAAGAGUGAGACUGAUGGCAGCCAGUGUGAUCAUCGGCUGGAUCUUGUAAACUUUACCACGACUAAGUGUGCACAAUGUAGCUGCCCGUUUCCUCAGUGUGGCUCAUAAAUGUCUUUCCUAAAUACUUCUGACAUUGUAGUAUGAGUUUUAAUUUUGAAACAGCACUACAAAAAAAGUUCACUUUCUAUAUCCAGCACUAGAAAGUUCAACUUAUAGCUUCAGUUUGGGGAAUAAAUGAAAUUUAAACUGCGUUGCCACCACUUUUUUUUUAUAGGAACUAAAUAUUCUUCAGGUCUGCACAAAGUAGAAAAUAAUAAUUUAAAUGAAGUGUUCUUAUUCAAAAUAGCUCACUGGGUCCUCAUAUAGACGACGAUGACGAUGACCAUGACGAUGACAAUGAUUCAGAAGUCAUGGUCAUUACUGUCAGAACACAUACCUUGAAAAAAGGUUGUGCCCUUUUUCUAAACACUAAUUAUUUUUAAGCUUAUGAGAGUCAAAUAGGGAAAUGUAAAAGCAUAUUCUCAUAUAAAAAUCUUCACUAAUUUUUCCACUAAUUGUGGAAUUCAAGCACAUUUACAUUAACCACAAAUGUGCUCUCUCUAGGGUUUGACCAGCAAGCAAGAACAUCUUACUGUGUGGUUGCGAUAAUCACUAAAACAUCAGAACCUCACCCGAAGGUUGGCUUGGCACAGAUCUCCUGGGUUGUGCCGGGCUUCUCCAGAUAAUAAAUGAUAACAACAAACCAGACAGCUGUGCUGGGGUACAGCUCUCUUCCUGCAUCCCCCAGAGAGGAGAGGCUUGCUCUCCUAACUUAAAAACUAGAGAUUCUAUUUUACAAUCCUUACUAAUCACGGUUUCAAUUUCCCUUUCUAAAUUCCUAAUAUCUCUCAAUAAAUACUAAAAGAUUAGGAGCUAAAAACUGUAUUGGAAAACAUUCACCAAAAUUUAGUUAACUUAAGUUAUCCAAUACAAAACAGUUCACACCUCUCCUGUGCACUCCCACAGUUCACACCUCUCCUGUGCACUCCCACAGUGUUAAGUCCAGCUCAAGGCAUUCUACCAACACAGCAGCUAUUAGGAGAGUUAUAAUUAGAUAUAUUUUCCAUAAUGAUUACUACGAAGAUACGGCGCAUCAGUAUUCACCUUGGUCCCUAACAGAGCAGCUGAAGGCAUGCUGAUUCGAACUGUUUGAAUCCCUGAUAGAAAGGAAGAUGUCUGGUUUCAGAAAUUAUCCAAAGAGUAGCCCACAAAGGAGUCCCACGUUAAUAGGCGUCUCUUCAGAAAAGGCUGGGGGUGAGGGUGCCCAUCACAGAAACUAUAAAACAUGGAUGACAUAAUCUCUAAAUCAAUGUUCCCUUUGUGAUGCUAUGACCCUUUCAUAUAGUUCCUCAUGUUGUGGUGAAACCCAACAAUAAAAUUAUUUUUGUUGCUAUUCCAUAA